GAAUGUGCGGAGCGCACUCGUUAUUGGGAAAGGGUUCUAAAAACAGUGGCAACAAACGCAUCAUUACAUUGGCAAUUAAUUUUAAUACAUACAUAUUUAAGUGUUGUGAAUUUAAUAAAAUAUCAAGUGUCAAGUAAUAUCACUGCCAAUUUGACUUACGGAAGCAUCUAUAACAUACGCCGCCAUGCAGUCAUUUAAGGCGGACGAGUUGCCGCGCAAUCCACGCGAGAGCGCAAAUCCCCUCUCCACAAUCAUGUUUUGCUACACUAUGCCAGUGUUUUUCAAAGGCCGCAAAAAGACUUUGGACGAAAGUGAUUUAUAUCGAGCUUUAAAUACCCACAGAUCAGCCGACCUGGGAAGCAAGCUGAGCGUUGCCUGGGAGGCGGAGAUCGAUAAGAAAAGGCAGAAACACAAGGAACCCAAUCUCGUCAGUGCUGUGCUGAGCGUAUUUGGUGCGCGCUACACGGCACUUGGACUUUUAUUAUUGUUUGUCGAAGUGGGUCUGCGUGUUACACAGCCUUUGUUUCUUGGUGGCUUGGUUAAUUACUAUGCCCAAACGAGUAACAAUACGAACACCACCACUGCCUAUCUCUACGCCCUGGGUGUGAUUCUCUGCAGCGCAUUUAGCGUGAUUGCAUAUCAUCCGUAUAUGUUGGCCACGCUACACACGGGCAUGAAGGUACGCAUCGGCCUGUGUAGCAUGAUUUAUCGAAAGGCGCUACGUUUGAGCAGAACAGCGCUAGGUGGCACCACAACCGGUCAAGUAGUGAAUCUGAUAUCGAACGAUGUGGGACGGCUGGAUACGUCACUCAUACACAUCCAUUAUUUGUAUCUGGGGCCGAUCGUGGCUGUAAUUAUAACAAUACUCAUGUAUAGAGAGAUUGGCGUUUCUUCGCUGUUUGGUGUCGCCUUCAUGUUGCUCCUCCUGCCGCUGCAAGCCUAUCUUGGCAAAAGGACGUCAGUGCUGCGUCUGCGCACAGCGCUGUGUACGGACGAACGUGUACGCAUGAUGAACGAGAUCAUCUCGGGCAUACAGGUGAUCAAGAUGUAUGCGUGGGAGAAACCCUUUGGUAAAAUGGUGCAGUAUGCGCGUGCCAAAGAAAUGUAUUCUAUACGCAAUGUUAAUUACAUUCGUGGUAUAUUGCAAUCGUUUAUGAUGUUCAUGACACGCUGCUCCGUCUUUAUCAGCUUGGUGGGAUACGUGCUGUUGGGUCAAUUCUUGACGGCGGAGAAGGCUUUCGUCAUCACAGCCUACUAUAAUAUAUUGCGUAACGCAAUGACAAUUUACUUCCCCAUGGCCAUAUCACAAUAUGCCGAGACAAUGGUCUCCAUGAAGCGCAUACAGAAGUAUUUGUUGUACGAGGAGACAAAAGUAAAAGAUCGCUCAGGCGAUAAUGAAAAUGAGUACAAUAAAAUCAAGCAGACGAGUAUUAUCGAAGAAAAUGAAAAAACGCUAACAUUGAAUGGCAGUCUAAAGCCAAUACAGCCAUCACCGCAGGAGAUUAAACAUACACCUACUGGUAUUGAAAUACACAAACUGAAGGCAAGAUGGGAUCACUCUUUGACAGAGUACACGCUGAACAACAUUGAUUUGAAAGUGAAGCCGCGCACUCUGGUGGCUGUAAUUGGACCCGUGGGUUCUGGAAAGUCAAGUUUAAUCCAAGCCCUUCUUGGCGAACUACCAGCUGAAUCGGGUUCCAUCACAAUCCAUGGCUCCUCCUCGUACGCCUCUCAAGAGCCAUGGCUUUUCACCGGCACUGUGCGCCAAAAUAUACUUUUCGGCUUGCCAAUGGACAAGAACCGUUAUCGUACCGUGGUGAAGAAGUGCGCACUGGAACGCGAUUUUGAACUGCUGCCUUUUGGCGAUAAAACGAUUGUGGGUGAGCGUGGCGCCUCGCUUUCAGGCGGACAGAAAGCGCGUAUUAGUUUGGCCCGCGCUGUAUACCGUAAAGCCGAUGUUUAUCUGCUGGACGAUCCCCUCAGCGCAGUUGACACACACGUCGGACGGCAUCUAUUCGAUCAAUGUUUACGCGGUUUUCUGCGUGAAGAUAUUGUUAUUCUGGUAACGCAUCAGCUACAGUUUCUAGAACAGGCCGACAUCAUCGUGAUCAUGGAUAAGGGUAAGAUCAGCGCAGUGGGUACCUAUGAGUCGAUGCGUAAAAGUGGGCUGGACUUUGCUAAAUUGCUAGUGGCACCAGAUAUGAGUGCUGAUGCGGAUGGCGGUGGUGACUCCGGUGAGAAGAAAAGCUUGUCACGUCAAAAUAGCCGACAGCGACAGAACAGCAUAUCUUCAAUGAGCUCGAUAGCAGACUCAGCGGUCGGUGAUGCAGCCUUGCAGGUGCAAGAGAGUCGUGAGGAGGGCAAAAUUAGUUGGGGACUUUAUACAAAGUACUUCACAGCUAGUGGCGGUUACGUGCUAUUCGUGAUAAUCAUGUUCUUCUGCGUUACCGCGCAAAUACUGGGCUCAGCCGGUGAUUCUUUCCUGUCCUAUUGGGUCAACAAAAAUGAACAAAAAUUGGAUACAGACAGCAGAGAUUUUGGUGAUCGCAUUAUUGGCCGCCUGUAUGGCCGUGACGUACGCUUAAAUAGUGAAACGGAUCCUGUUGAUAUUUACAUAUUCACAGGAAUUAUUGUGGCUACUGUGAUUUUUUCGCUAGCUCGCAGUUUAUUAUUCUUCGUAUUGGCGCAACGUUCGUCGAUUAGUUUGCACAAUACCAUGUUCCAGGGGCUUACACGCGCGGCGAUGUACUUCUUCCAUACGAAUCCGGCUGGCCGCAUCUUGAACAGAUUCUCCAAGGAUAUGGGUCAAGUGGAUGAAAUCCUGCCGUCGGUGAUGAUGGAUGUGGUGCAAAUCGCUUUAGGCUGUGCAGGCAUUGUGAUUGUAAUAUCGCUGGUGAAUUAUUGGAACUUGCUGACGACAGUCGUUCUAGCGAUCAUUUUCUAUCUCUUGCGAACAUUUUAUUUGCAAACAUCACGUGAUGUCAAACGUAUCGAGGCAAUCACACGUUCACCGAUCUACUCGCACUUGGGCGCCUCUCUGAGUGGUUUGCCGACGAUACGCGCUUUUGGCGCUCAAAAGGUUUUAAUAACAGAAUUCGACAACUACCAGGAUUUGCACAGUUCCGGUUAUUAUAUGUUCUUGACCACGAGUCGCGCCUUCGGCUAUUGGCUCGACUGUUUCUGUGUGGCUUACUUAGCUGUGACCACGCUAAGUUUCUUCUUAUUCACACCCGAUAAUGGCGGUGAUGUGGGUCUGGCCAUCACGCAAGCCAUGGGCUUGACUGGCAUGGUACAGUGGGGUAUGCGACAGUCGGCCGAAUUGGAGAACAAUAUGACAUGUGUGGAGCGCGUAGUCGAAUAUGAACAGAUCGAACCUGAAGGAGAAAUGGAGAGCCGACCUGGCAAAAAGCCGCCAAAAUCAUGGCCCGAACAGGGUAAAAUCAAAUUUGACAAACUCAGUUUGCGAUACUUCCCCGACCCGAAAUCGGAACGUGUGCUGAAAUCACUCAGCCUGGAGAUAGAGUCCUGUGAAAAAGUGGGUAUAGUGGGACGCACUGGCGCUGGCAAAUCUUCGCUCAUAAAUGCGCUCUUUCGGUUAUCGUACAAUGAUGGUUCCAUAAUUAUUGACACGCGCGAUACCAAUGACAUUGGCCUGCACGACUUGCGUGGCAAAAUCUCGAUUAUACCGCAAGAACCGGUGCUCUUCUCGGGUACAAUGCGCUACAAUCUCGAUCCUUUCGAUGAAUACGCAGAUGCGAAGCUAUGGGAGGCGCUUGAAGAAGUUAAAUUGAAAAGUGUGGUAUCCGAAUUGCCGAGUGGUUUGCAGAGUAGAAUCUCAGAAGGUGGCAGCAAUUUCAGCGUCGGCCAGCGCCAGUUAGUGUGUCUAGCACGUGCCAUACUGCGUGAGAAUAAGAUUUUGGUGCUUGAUGAGGCGACAGCAAAUGUAGAUCCACAAACUGAUGCACUCAUACAACUGACAAUAAGAAGUAAAUUCAAAAACUGCACGGUUCUCACAAUCGCCCAUCGGCUACACACAGUUAUGGACUCGGAUAAGGUGCUGGUCAUGGAUGCUGGCCGAGCAGUCGAAUUCGGUUCGCCAUUUGAAUUGUUAACUGAGAGCAAGACGAAAGUAUUCUAUGGCAUGGUAAAGCAGGCGGGCAACUCCACAUUCGACAAUCUGCUGACGGUGGCACAAAAGGCGCAUGAGGAGAACUUGCGCGCGAAAAAGGAUACUUGACAUUUCUCUGUUUCUGUACCGAAAGUAUUCAAAGACUAUUUACUUAAGAUUCUAGAACCGAUAGCAAAUCAUCCAGCAAAUGCGCGCAUACAAAAAACUCUCACCGAUGCGACACACCACAAAUUCCUUGGAUAGCAGGAACCGACAAAUGGGAGAGGAGUAGGAAACGGAAACGGAAACCGAAGCGGUAAUGCGAAUGGGAAUGGGAAUGGUGAAACCCGCAGAUUAUCAUAUCGGGGCUUAUUUUUAUAUAGUACUUAAUGAAAUUACGAGUAACUAAACUAGUAUGUAAAUGAAACAAUAAUGUAUUUACAUGUAUAAAGACAAUUUAAGGCAAUUAGGGGCUCAAAUGCAUAUCGACUAACACAAAUACAUACAUACAUACAUAUAUUAUGUGCUACAUUUGUGUAUAUAUCACGUGGUGUAUGACCAAAAUCGACCUGAAAAUUGUAAAUUCUACAUAUUCACAAAACAAUUGUGUAGUAUGUAAAUUAAAAAAAAAAAUAGUUGUAAUUGUAAUUGCUUUAGCGCGAAAAAAAAAAUUAAUCAAAAACGAAAAAAAACUUUGUAAAGUGAGACAAUAAAAAACCUAGUAUAAAAUAACAGAUGAAAUAAUUAUGUGGGUUUGCCUAAAACUCUGAGACAAGUGCUGAACGCAGGGUCACUAAUAGGAAAAUUGUAUGACACAACUAUGUUUAUUGCAGAUGAAUUUAAACGAUGAGUUCAAUGCCAUAAUAAAAAUAUGUAGUUAAAAAAUGGUUUCCCAAAUUAAAUUAAAUGAGAUUUCAAAUGCACGUACCAAAUAAUUAGCUGCACUUUAUAAUAAAAAAUUGAAUUGAAAAUUUGACCUUCAUACACCUUUCCUCAAAUUCAUUUGCAAUAGAGUAGUUAUUUGUGAUCUUUUGU